AUGCAUUUAUUAAAUUUAAUAUUUUUAAAUAUAAUUUACAGAUUUUAUAAGAAUUUAAAAGGAGAAGUUUAUUAUUUUAGUGAAUUUUAAUCAAAGAAAGUAUCUUUUAAAUAUAUUAAAAUGAAAGAGAAAAAGGAAGUAAGAAAGUAGAUGCCUAAGGAUGAUUCUGAAAAGAAAGAAUUUUAAGGAUAAUACAGGAUUAAAAUAUAUUAAAAAAAAGGAAUUCUCACCAAAUUUACAGUUUAUAAUAACAUAUCAAGUUCUUUUAAUUUAUUUUGGGUUUCAUUGAAUAUUUUACUAGUUUGUGGUUUUUUUUUGAAAGAAGGAACUUUAAAUAUUUAGAUUAUUUUAUCAAAGACAUUUAACUGCAUUGCUUUUCUAAUCAUCAUUGUUGCAAUCAAUUUAAUUUCACUAAAUUAUAAUGGAAAUAAACUAAAAAAAGAAAGUCUAAUAAUAACGAAGAAUGUUGGAGUUUUAAUUGAAAAGAAGAUGAUUAAUGGAAAAUCUAACACUUAGUUCUUCUGUAUAUAAAAUAUGAGAGAUCUAAUUAUGAAUGAAGGUAUGACACCAUAUGAUGUUAGAUAUUAUCUUGUUUUGAUAGCUAAGGAUGAGAAUCAUUUGAUUUAGUUAUUUUCAAGCUUUAAUCUUCGCUUAGCCGAUCUACUUAAAAUAUAUUAUCCAGCUAGAAUGGCAUUAUUAAGUGAUAUUUAGAAAAAAUGA